AAAUCUGAUUUCACAAACACACACUUGACUUUACAUUCACACACGUAUAAAAAAGUCAAAGGUUUGGUCCUUACGACUCUCCGGCUCUUUUCUUCCUUAUAUACCCUCAUCGCUUCCAACUUCAAAAGACUCUUGAAAUCACAUCACAUUUUGCUUUAUGGGUUUGGGACCAACAUUGGAUACCUCUGAACCACUCGUCUUACUGAACCAGACCACAAGGUGGAACCCUUUUGCGAUGGUACCCGCUGAUUCUCACCGGAAGGUGCUGGCUGAGAUGGAUCUUUUUUCCAAUCAUGAAAACAAGGUUGCUGCUAUCAAGAAGGAGAAUUUUCAUGUGAAUGAACAUGAUGAUAUCAACACGGGUUUGAACCUGGUUACACAUGAUCGAUCGUCGAUGGGUGAUGGGAUUUCAUCAACCGAGGAUGAAAAUCCAACUACUAAUAAGCUGGCAAAAAUGCAAAAUGAAUUACAAAAAAUGAACAUGGAGAACCUAAAGCUUAAAGAGAUGUAUAUAGAGGUUAGCAACAACUACAACGCGUUGCAAAUGGAACUGGUGACGCUAAUGCAACAGCAGCAGCAGGAACAACACACCUUGAGAAAUGCAAGCCUUGAUCAACAAGCUGCUCCAAAACAGUUGUUGGAAUUGACGUCUCGUGAUUCUUCCUCAGAAGAAAAGACCCUGUCCGCUUCAAAGAAUGUUGUUGCGGCCCGUGAGGAUACCCCCGAUUCAGAUGCCUGGACGUCUAAUAAAGCUCCCAAAUUGACUGUCCCUGAAAACACUGACGAAGCAACAAUGCGUAAAGUUCGUGUUUCAGUUCGCGCACGUUCAGAAGCAUCGAUGAUAAGUGAUGGAUGUCAAUGGCGCAAAUACGGGCAGAAAAUGGCGAAAGGGAACCCGUGUCCACGGGCAUACUAUCGUUGCACAAUGGCUGUGGGAUGCCCAGUUCGGAAACAAGUUCAAAGAUUGGCGGAGGAUCAGACCAUUUUGGUAACCACUUAUGAAGGGACUCACAGCCAUCCUCUCCCACCAGCAGCAGUAGCAAUGGCCUCCACCACCUCUGCCGCAGCUACCAUGCUGCUCUCAGGUUCCAUGUCCAGUGCAGAACACGGCUUCAUGAACCCGAACCUUUUGGCUCAGGCGAUUCGACCAAGCUCCUCAAGUAUAGCCACCAUAUCGGCAUCAGCACCAUUUCCAACUGUUACACUAGACCUUACCCACCCUCCAAAUAACUUCCAGAAGGUUAACUCAACCGCGUUUGAGGGCCAUCCAUCGUCACAAUAUAUCCCAUCCGCGGCUGCAAUGCCGUUGCAAGCGUUUCACCCGGGAAUGUACAACCAAUCAAGAUUCGCAGGAUUUCAGCUAUCUCAUGACAAAGUCUCGAACCAAUUAAUACCGCACCAAAUAGCGCCACCACAACAUCAGUCUCAGCAGCCGCAAACAGCAUUUGCGAAUUCGCUCAGUGCCAUCACGUCUGAUCCAAACUUUACAGCAGCCUUAGCUGCAGCAAUCACAUCCAUUAUGGGCGGCAACAACGCUAACAAUGAGAGCAACAACAACAACACACAUUAGAAAUAGAAGCUGCUAAUAUUCUUUUCUUCUUUUCAUCACCAUUUUUUCGUAUCUAGGAAAUACGUACGUUACCAGCUAUUAUAUUCGUAGGAGGUGGAGGUACAAAUAUACGCUAGUUUAUUGGCUACAUUGUCAUAAAAUGUACGUGUAAUUUCGUUCGUUGUUGUAUUAAUAAAUAUUUAUUUGAUAUUCAAGUGGAUAUUUUAGUUUUUGGUUC